CUGACACUGCGCUCAUGCCUCUGUCCUCCAGUGUGCUUACUGUGUGCUAGUUCUUUCCAAAAUGCUAACCUGAGUAGCUGUGUUCAGGGACUGAAACACGACUUAAUGUGUUGAUUUAGAGAAGACUGUAGCUAACGACAGGUAAUUUACACGUGUCACUUGUUUUUCCCCUCGCUGACACGCUGAUUCUGUAAAUUGAUAACAGCUAAAAAAAGCACAAGUUGUCCCUGAUAGUAGCGGCUAACAGAAGUAGCAUAACAAGUACCUGUUGAAAAAACAAAACUGUGACAACAAGCCGAGACAAGACAACCUACGACUGGCUUUAUUGUAGCCAAUGUUAAUAAAUAUUUGCUCACACUUAUUAUAAACGCGUUUUUAUUCUUGUUUUACCUGCAUUUCUGGAUUGUCUAACUUUUAAACAACUCGAGGGCACAGUGAGGAGAUGCGGUAAGGGUUAAACACACAGUAAGUCAUAUGGAGGAAACAGUUCGUCGGCCUGGUCUCUGUCAGCUCACCGUGGUUCCUCUGCACGUCAUAUGAACAUCAGCCCUUCAGUCCAGCAUGUCAGUGUGUGUGAAGGCUGCAUAUUGUCCCGGUGUGGAGAGGAAGCUACUCAAGAUGCUGCUUUCGAGCGGUAUGAACUGCAGAAGGAUGUAUGGACCAUUUGAUAGGAACUUUUAUCCAAAGCGCCUUUUCAACACUGCCAGUCCUUUUUUGUCAAGAAUAACUGGAACAAAUAAACUUUGUCGUGCUCGUUCAGAAUUCUCCCACCUGAAUUACAAUGUGCCACCUGGAAGUAGGAAACUGGGGAUUAACAGCCAGAGCUACAGUGGUUCAAAUACACUGUACAGUCAAAAACUGCCUUUCUCAAGAUGUAAACCCAAAAGAAGUCAGUAUGCUGUGGACAGAAAGGAAAGCCUGCUGCAAGGAGGUACAACAUGGCCUGUGUCGUCUGUCCGUCACAGAGUGACAGACACCCCAGUGUCCAGUGUGUCUCCAGCGUUUGUAGUGAUGAAGUUUGACCAAGAGGGAAAUGUGACCUCCUUUGAGAAAAAGAAAACCGAGCUUUGCCAGGAGCUAAGUCUUCAGGCCAGAGACCUUCGCUUUCAGCACAGCACCAGCCUCACUGCGAGAAACAACUGCAUCAUCAUAAGAAUGGAGUUGUUAAAAGCCAUCCUGACGCCGCAGUCCCUGCUGGUGUUGGACUUUCGUGGUCUUGGAUUGGAGCGUUGGCUGGUCCUGGACUUAGCCCCUCAGCUAGCAUCCCAGACACACACUCUGCCCUUUGAGUUCAGAGCACUGGAGGCCAUACUGCAGCACAAGGUGAACACCCUACAAGCCCGGCUGAAUGAUGUGGAACCAGUAAUGUUGGACACCCUGGAGUCACUGGUGGAUCCUAAAAUUCUCUCUGCUGAUAGAAGUAAACUCCAUAUACUGCUGCAGACCAGCAAGAGCUUAUCCGAGUUGGAGACAGACAUAAAGGUUUUUAAGGAUUCCUUGCUGAAGAUUCUCGAUGAAGAUGAGAUCAUUGAAGAAUUCUGUCUCACCAAGUGGACAGACCCAAGAGUUUUUGAGGAGAGCAGUUUGGGAAUUGACCAUGCAGAGGAAAUGGAACUGUUACUGGAGAAUUAUUAUAUGCAGGCUGAGGAGCUGGGAAACAAGGCCAGAGAGCUGAAAGGGUUGAUAGAUGACUCUGAGAGUGUCAUCUUUAUCAAUCUGGACAGCCAUCGUAAUGUGAUGAUGCGCCUGAACCUGCAGCUGACCAUGGGUUCCUUCUCUCUUACAUUAUUUGGUCUUAUAGGAGUAGCCUUUGGUAUGAAUUUGACGUCGUGCUUUGAGGAGGACCCUCGUGUUUUCUGGCUGGUAACUGGCUUCAUGUUCUUGGGCAGCGGGCUGAUAUGGAGACGACUACUGUCAUUCCUGGGACGACACUUAGAGCCUUCAGUACCUCCACUUAUCCCUCCAGUAUGGAAGCGAAAUCUGAAGGCAUCAGACAACAGGACAGGAGUCAAAUGUUGAGGAUGAUGAUGAUGAUGACGAUCUACCUCCCCUCUGUAAAAUGCAACAAAACUCCUGCAGACUCUUCAAGACGAUUAUCUCACCACCACGGAGCUCCUGACUUCUCUUCAAGGACUGAAAAUCUGAAUUUUUCCAAACACACUUCUUGUGUUUUCUCCAAUGCCUACAGCAGAGUUUAAGACUACAUUUAAAAGUCUGGAGACUCAAAUGUGAUACAGGUACACUGUACCACUAUCAGUAUAUUUCUCGCACUGAUUUUAGGUUGUUAGAUGCUUGAUGAGAUGUCUUGUCAUAUGACAUGUGGGCACAGUACGCUCCGUCAUCUCAGUUUGAGUGGGUGGAGUUGUGGGCGAGUUGCAGCAUUGGUAACUUGACAUAUAUAACUACUUUACAUGUAGUAGUAUGUUGACUCAUUUCAUAGGGAAAAGAAAAGUGUUGAAGCAAUUAAAGGUUAUUAAUUUAAUUAAAAUUAAAUAAAUGUUAACCAAAUAAAUGUAUGAAGUCUAUCGUUAGGGAUAAUUAAAUGUUAUUUACUGUAUGUUCAAUGUGUUCUCAAAAAACUGCUCUUUUUUUAAACUGAGUGGACAAAGAGGAUUUUUUUCUGUUUCUGAAAUAUUUAUUGUGAUGGCAAACAAGACUGUGACAGAUAAUAAUCCGGAAUCUAAUAUGUUUGUCACAUAGGAUAGAUGGUACACAUUUUAGGCGGUUGGAUUGCAAAAAAAAGCCAUGUUUGAUUUGUUUAAUAUAAUCCCUCCGCUGCCAUAUUAUUCACAUCGACAACAAGAAAUCAAAAUCAUGUGCAUUUAGAAUGGUGAGACAAAGCCCGUAGAAAUGACUAUACCUCAACGAUCUAUAAAAAAAGAGCUCAAACUGAAUGUGUUUUAGGAACCAGGUCAUUAAGAAUAUAGGUAUUUAUUGUAUGUAUGUUUUGUAGAUUACAGAAAUUGUAUUAAAGAACCUAAUUUUAA